AUGUGGAACAAUGUCGCUUCGUGUGCCCUUGGCAGAUUGUCCCACAACGCCACACCUCCACUGCUCCCAGCCUUACAAACCUUAAAUAGUGUGUCCGAAAGAAAAUAUAAGGGUUUCUGUCAUGGUGAACAGCCAAUACGUGAAUUGUGCAUUCAUUACAAGUGGAAAAGGAUGCACGAUAUGCUGCCCCGCCGUUUAGUAAGUGAUAGAACAAAAUAUAGACAGUAUGCAAAAAAGUACCCUGUUUUAGAUGGACGUAUCCUGUCUGUGUACCGACAUGCGUUUGAAGAAAAUUUAAGGAACAGUGAGGCUGUUAUUAAAAGGUAUUCAGAAUUGCUGGAGAUGGUCCAUAAAGGAGGAGGAGAAGAUGCCGUCUUGCGCCAUACUCAGCGCAACAAGAAGCUGUUUGUGCGUGAGCGCCUGAAGCUGCUGCUGGAUGAUGAGUCCUUUCUGGAGCUGUCUCCACUGGCAGGUCUCAAUCUGCCUUAUGGCGAUGUCCCGGCUGCUGGGUGCCUCACUGGAAUUGGCAAAAUCUGUGGGGUCUGGUGUGUGUUCAUGGCCAACGAUGCAACCGUGAAAGGAGGAACGAUUUAUCCCAUCGGAGUGAAGAAGCAAUUAAGAGCUCAGGAAAUAGCCAUGCAGAACAGACUCCUAUCUGUCUACCUUGUUGAUAGCGGGGGAGCGUUUCUACCACUGCAGUCAGAGCUGUUUCCUGACAAGUCCCAUGGGGGCAGAAUUUUCUACAACGAAGCAAGAAUGUCUGCCAUGAGGAUCCCACAGGUGGCAGUGGUGUGUGGCUCCUGUGUGGCCGGAGGUGCCUAUGUCCCCACCAUGGCAGAAGAAGCUGUGAUUAUUGAUAAAAUUGGUACGCUGUUCCUUGCCGGACCACCUCUGGUAAAAGCUGCUACAGGAGAAUAUGUCUCUCCCGAGGACCUGGGAGGAGCCAAACUUCACUCUGAAGUCAGUGGCUGUAGUGACCAUUUUGCAUCUUCAGAAAAGGAAGCCUAUGAGUGUAUUCGAAAUGUUAUCUCAACACUAAAUUACGAUCCACUGCCAGAGGAGGUCACAGAGCAUGACAGUCCUCUCUAUAGCUGUGACGAGCUCCUGGGGCUGGCACCAUGGGAUUAUAGGUGUACUCUUCCUGUACAAUUGAUUCUGAGCCGUUUGAUGGAUGGAAGCAGAUUCCAGGAGUUCAAGGCUAAUUAUGGAACAACAUUAGUAACAGGAUUUGGCCACGUGGAAGGGCACUUGGUGGGGGUAGUAGCCAACAACGGGGAGCUGACUCACGAUGCCUCUCUCAAGGGGAGCCAUUUCGUCCAGCUGUGUGGCCAUCGGAGCAUUCCCAUCCUCUUUUUCCAAAAUACUGCUCCCCACACAGCAGAGCCAACGAGCAUCUCACAGGCAGAGGCUCACUCCAAGAGAUUAAAAGCCCAGGCCUCCAUGAUGGGUGCUGUUGCUUGUGCUGCUGUUCCCAAAAUAACUAUUGUAAUUGGUGGCAGUUACGGGAGCGAAAGUUACAUUAUGUGCGGGAGAUCGUUCAGUCCAAACUUCCUGUUCUUGUGGCCUAAUGCAAGAGUGGCUCUUGUAGAUCCAAGACAUCUCUCCACAGUCCCACGAGCUGGGAACAGUGACUGUACAGGAGGUGAAACAGAGCUAAAACAUCUGAAAGAAAAGCUAGAGGAAGAAAGUAGUGCAUUUUACUCCUCUGCCAGGCUCUGGGAUGAUGGUGUAAUUUUGCCUCAAAAUACUAGGAAGGUUAUCGCACAGUGCCUGGAGAUCCUGGACCAGCAGAAAUACCAGGUCACAUCUCCGUGUCAGUAUCCUGUCAUCAGGAUGUGA